CUCUUUGAGAACGUCGCCUUAUAUUAAAUAGAGACCUUUUUGAGACAAAAUUUAGGAAAAAUGAGAUGAGCUUGAAAGAACAGAAUAAGUUGCUUAAUUAACGCUGGCUAAGUCAAACCAAAAAUUCAAAUUUGAGCAACGUGCGCAUGUCAAACAACGGUCCGUCAAACCGCGAAAAAUUCAAAUGACGCCCUCGUCCGCAAAGGGACCGCUUCCGCACCCGAAAAAGUACAAACUGGUGUUCCUGGGGGAGCAGAGCGUCGGCAAAACCUCGAUGAUAACCCGUUUCAUGUACGACAGCUUCGACACCAAUUAUCAGGCCACCAUCGGGAUCGAUUUCCUCUCGAAAACGAUUUAUUUGCAGGACCGCACUGUCCGCUUACAACUGUGGGAUACGGCCGGACAGGAACGCUUCCGCUCCCUGAUCCCUUCGUACAUUAGGGACUCCCAAGUGGCGGUGAUCGUUUACGACAUCACCAACUUAAAUUCGUUCGAACUUACGUCCAGGUGGAUCGAGGACGUACGUAAGGAGCGGGGCGAUCAAGUCGUCAUAGUCUUGGUAGGAAACAAAGUAGACCUGGAGAGCCUCAGGGAAGUGCCAACUGAAAAAGCCGAGAAGCUAGCCAAAGAACUGAACAUAAUGUUUACGGAGACGAGUGCAAAGUGUGGCUAUAAUAUAAAACAAUUAUUCAGAAGAAUCGGUGAUGCCAUACAGGAAUCCGAGCCCCUGUUCAAGCACGAGGAGUCCCUGCACGAAGUGAGUUUGGGGAGUGGGACCAAAAAGGGGGAAGAAGAUGGGGCAUCAUACUGCCUCUGCUAAUAAAUACACUUCAAUCAAUGUAUUAAUUUAGUUUAUUACUAAGUAUUAUUAUUUACAAGUUUUGUACAGACUAACUAUAAAAUUAUUUGGUAUU